AGCUUCUCCAUGUGACCGCUGCUAUGAAACUCCCACCAUUGUUUGAGGACUAAACAAAGAGCAUUUCCACUUUCCAGCAUCAUGCUCCGGGCCACAUACCAGCAAUACUUCUGUAGAGUGAAUGGUGACAGCAGGACAGAUGGUUUGCUCGUUUCCAUUUCCAGCGUUUUCACGGCUCGUUCUGCGCUUCUGUGGCAACUUUGUCAUUCAUGAUCAUGGUUUAUUGUGGAGAGUUCGUGAAUAUAACGAGGGGACUCUGUUGUGUUGUUGCCGACACGCGUGGGAGAUUUAUGGAUGUGUGAUUUUACUUGCUGGGGGGUCCGAUUGCUCAGAGUGGAAGUUGGAAAGGUGAGGUGACUUUACGCACAAGCUCUUCUCCAUCAGAUCAUAACACCUGGAAGUAAAAGACUACUCGGUGAGAUGGCGGAGGAAAUUCUCAACGAUUCAUUACCAGAUUUGAAAGAGCUGGAAAAUAAAGUUGGGAGGAAAACACCGGAAAGUCUUCUGGUUUGGAUGAGGGACUGCGGUGAUUGUUGGAGCUCUGAUGUGGGCGAGAGGGGCGACCACAGCUCUGCCUUCAGCGACAGCUUCUCUGACAAAAUAAGCAACUUAAAACAAGAGAUGAGGUGGCUGCGUUCUGCUGAUGUGAGGAUUCUGCGCCAGCUGGUGGCUGUGCACGAGGGUAUCGAGGCCAUGCGUUGGCUGAUGGAGGAGCGGGGCGCCUUAGCCAGCCGUGGCAGCAGCUUGACAGGAAGUCUGAGCAGCCUGGUGACUCUGGAAGAGCCCGGGGCCUCAAUGUCCCCCUGGAGGGAAAGCCCAAGUCCAACCUGCCUUUAUGACUUGGCUGAAACCACUGGUGAGGAAUCAGCAGAUCACCCACCACACACUGGCGAUGGCAAAAGCUACUUUGACAUGCUCUGCCCAGAAUCAACUGAGGCAAGACCUCCGAGUCCUUCCAACUCCAAAUGUGAAGUCAGUUGUUCCACACAGGCAUCAUCUACUCCUGCCAACAGUUUGGUUAGCGCCAAUUUACCAAAGUCACAACCACAGGACUCAGAUGCAGCUCCAUCACAGGACAUCAAAGUUGGUGCUGACCCCAUCAGAAGAGCUCUGCAGAGAUCUUGCAAGGUUGCAAGAAGAGAUGUAAAAGUGGGUGCUGGUAGUUUUGCCCUCAUUCAACAGUCAGCAAAGACACAGACAGAGCACCAAACUCAGGGGAGUCUCAGAGCCUCUCAGAACAAUAUGAUGGAAGAAGACAAGAGCACCCCUGAUAGAGAGAACGUUUUGCUGGGGUAUGAUGCUCAGUGGUGCUGGGUGGAGUCACAGGACGAUGUGACAUUUUUAUGAUCUUCUAUUAGCACAAUCGAAAUGUAUUAUUCUUAGUUUGGAGCAAUUUCCUUUCAAUGAUUAACUGCCAAUAAUGCAGUGGGAUUUAAAAUGCACUUUGACAUUCAGUGUAUCUCAUUAGAAUAGGAUGCUUAAAGCUUACUGUGUCACUGUUAGACUACUCUGUCACUCAUUUUUAUUUAGGAUGUACACUGUUGUAUCAUGUACUUUCAUUUUGUCUGUGUAUUUUAAGAGUUACAAAAGAAAUCACAAAUAUUAAAGCACUCUUUGAAAAGAUAUUUAGAAAUACAAUGAUAAAUAUUUUACGUACUAGAACGAGAAUUUUAGAGAUGUUGAUUAUGAAUUUAAAGAUUUUUUAAAUCAGUGGGUCUUUCCUUUCUUUUUUAAUCUUAUUUCAUGGAAUAAAAAAAAAAAUCUCACUUAUUGUCCAAUGUCCUUGAAAUCUUUAGUCUACGGUCCAUAGGGCUACAACACAACAAUAGACCAGUGAGGAUUUCCAAGAUGAUGCCAUUGAUCUGUUAUUGCAAAUUAUUAUGUAAUAAUGCGCUUAAUA